AUGGCACCGGUUGUUUCAGUAGACACUUCCAGUGAGGAUGUGGCCGCCAGAGUCGGCCACCAUGUUAUCAAGCACCAGGACAUUGCAAUUGCAGAGUCUGGAGUCUUCAGAAUAGCUGUUUCCGGAGGUUCCAUGGGCAAGGUGUUGAAGAAGGCACUUGUAGACGAUAAGCAAAUCGCCCCUUUGGUCAAGUGGGACAAGUGGGAAGUGUAUUUCAGUGACGAGAGACUCGUUCCCUUGGACCAUCCGGAGUCCAAUUAUGGUUUAUUGAAGCAAAACGUAUUGGAUCAUGUUCCCAAGGUGGUGGUUCAUCCAAUCGACGUUUCACUUUUGACAGGCAAAGAAGGGGAAUUGGCUGGUGCUGACGAAGCCAAGGACCAAGAGAUUGCUGACAAGUACGCUGAGUUGUUACCUAAGGACGGAAAGCUCGAUUUGCUCUUGUUGGGAUGUGGUCCCGAUGGCCACACUUGUUCCUUGUUUCCUGGUCACCCAUUGCUUGAAGAAAAGUCCAAGUUGGUAGCUCUCAUUAGAGACUCGCCCAAGCCUCCACCCAGGCGUAUUUCUGUGACUUUCCCUUUACUUGCAAAGGCUACUUCUCUCGCUUUUAUUGCCGAGGGUGAAGGUAAGGCUCCAACACUCAAAAAGAUUUUUGAGGAAGGAGAUACUUCUUUGCCCUCAAAGUUGGUCAGCGACCUCGUCGGACCCGAGGUAGUCUGGUUUGUCAACGAGCCCGCCGUCAAGGGCGUCAAGUUGUAG